UUUUGAUCCAGUUAAGAAUACUUGUGUAUUAGAAAUGUGUUCUGCACAAGAAACUGCUCAGUUAAUCACCCAGUCCAACAUAUGUGUUUGGGCUGACCUAUCAUAUGAGGAAAUGUGUAAAAUAAAUUUAUUUGAAUGGCCAGAGGAUGUAAAGAAUUUCUUGUGUCAUAAAUUUGGGUUUCAAUUCGAAAGUCUUUCACUAAAAGACAGUGCUAUUGUUGACUUGUUUUAUUAUACACUACUUUUUGCCAAAAACAAUAAUUUCAAUGAAGAGCAGACAUCAGCAUUGUUUAGCAUUAUAAAGAGAGUUCAUACAAAGGCAACAGAAACAUCAUUUGGAAAUUUAGAAGAGACUAUUGAAUAUUUUCGUUUUCUACUUGGAUGCCACAGUGCUAAGAGACCACCAUUUUGCAUUCAGCUAUAUAAUUUGAAUGAAAUAAGCCUCAUCAAUACAUACAUAGUAAAAACAUACUUUAGACAUUUUAAGUUAUACAAGUAUGCAUUUACUCCUAAGGUUGUGUUGAAUAUAAAAGCAAGUUAUAAUGGUGUCUAUGAAGAUACUCCAAAAGUUAAUUUAGAUGAAGAAACUUUGCAAUAUAAUGCUAAUGAGAACAAAGCGGAAAUUUGUGUUGAAAAAAAAGAAACAGAAGAAAUUGUUGAAGUUGAUGAGCCUCCUGCUGUCAAGGAAUUAAAACAACUUAUUGAAUCAUCCUUGGAUGAACACAUUCGAAAGCUGACAUUAAACGUAGAAGAAAAGUUAAAAACAAACGAAGCUCUGAUGACGCAGUUGACUAAAGAAUCAACAAAAUCGCUAACAACUAAAAGCAUUAAAAUAGGAAAAAAAUGAUUUACGUUU